CGCAGGGCGGCGGGCAGCGAUCGCUGCGGCACCCGGCAGCGCUUCUGCACCUCCGCUGCCUCCCCCUGCGCCUCCCUAAACCUCCCCUGCACCCCUCCUGUAUCACCCGCGUCCUCCCUGCACCUCCCGCAUACCCCGAAGUUCUGCAUCCUUGCAAUGCCCUGUACCCCUCCUGCAUCCCCCCCUGCCCCUUCCUGAAUCCUUCCUAAAUCCUUUCGGCACUCUUACACCCUUCCUGUAUUCCCCGACAGCUGGGGAAAUCCUAAAUCCUCCCUGCAUCCCUGCACCCCUCCUGUGUCCCCUUAAAUCCUCCCUGCACCCCUCCUGUGUCCCCCUAAAUCCUCCCUGCAUCCCUAUGCUCCCUGCAUGACUUUACAUACUCCCUGCAGCCCUCUCGCACCCCCCUCACCCCUGCACUGCCUCCUGCCUCCCUGCACCCCAGCCCUGCAUCCCACCCGGCAGCAGGAGGGGAUCCCUCUGGUCCCCUCCUGUCCCUCGCUCCCCUCGCCAUGGAGAGCCCGUGCUGCCCUGCCCGCACCUACCUGUGCACCCGUGGGAAGGGAUUUUCCUCUCUGAGGAUGCACAGGUCAAAUCUUGCCGUUGCCGCUCCCUUAUGGGUGGCUGUUUGGGUGACUGUGCCCCCCCAAGGAUGCUGGUGGGGGCUGGAGGGGAGGCAGCCCUGGGGACGUGCCGAGCUGGAGGAGAACAACCUCGCCUGAGCUUCCAGCAAGUGCACGUUUCUAACGGGGAGCGUGACCAUGGCCACAGGGGGGACAACCAGCCCCCCCAGCAUCCCUCGUCACACCAACCGCCUGAUUAACGAGAAGUCCCCCUACCUCCUGCAGCAUGCUCACAACCCUGUGGAUUGGUACCCUUGGGGUCAGGAAGCCUUUGAUAAAGCAAAGAAAGAAAACAAGCUGAUAUUCCUGUCAGUUGGGUACUCCACUUGCCACUGGUGCCAUGUGAUGGAGGAGGAGUCCUUCAAGAACAAGGAGAUCGGGGAGAUUAUGAACAAGAACUUUGUGUGCAUCAAAGUGGAUCGAGAGGAGCGGCCAGAUGUGGACAAAGUGUACAUGACCUUCGUGCAGGCAACCAGUGGUGGAGGUGGCUGGCCGAUGAGUGUCUGGCUGACUCCAGACCUCAAGCCCUUUGUAGGGGGGACAUACUUUCCUCCUGAAGAUGGAGUUUAUCGUGUUGGCUUUCGGACUGUGCUGCUCCGAAUCGCAGAGCAGUGGAAAGAGAACAAAGAUGCCCUGUUGGAGAACAGCCAGAAGAUCCUGGAAGCACUGCUACACAGGUCCGAGAUCCGUGUGCGGGGCCAGGAGUCACCCCCACCAGCCAAAGAGGUGAUGGCCACCUGUUUCCAGCAGCUCUCCAACUCCUAUGAUGAGGACUAUGGUGGCUUUUCCGAAUCCCCCAAGUUCCCCACCCCAGUGAAUUUGAAUUUCCUCUUCACGUACUGGGCCCUGCACCGAACAACUCCAGAAGGUGCCCGGGCACUUCAGAUGGCUCUGCAUACCCUGAAGAUGAUGGCCCAUGGGGGCAUCCACGACCACAUCGGUCAGGGGUUUCACCGCUACUCCACUGACCAGCACUGGCAUGUCCCUCACUUUGAGAAGAUGCUGUACGACCAGGGGCAGCUGGCAGCUACAUAUAGCAGAGCGUUUCAGAUCUCUGGCGAUGAAUUCUUUGCCGAUGUUGCCCAAGACAUUCUGCUCUACGUCUCUCGGGACCUGAGUGACCAGGCAGGAGGUUUCUACAGUGCAGAAGAUGCGGAUUCCUACCCGACCACUGCAUCUGGAGAGAAGCGAGAAGGAGCUUUCUGUGUGUGGGCAGCCGAGGAAAUCCGGGCUCUCCUUCCUGACCCUGUCGAGGGGGCCACAGAGGGGACAACCCUGGGAGAUGUCUUCAUGCACCACUAUGGAGUGAAGGAGACUGGCAAUGUGAGCCCCAUGAAGGACCCCCAUCAGGAGCUGAAGGGCAAGAACGUCCUUAUUGUCCGGUGCUCCCUGGAGCUGACGGCGGCCCAGUUCGGGCUGGAGCUGGGGCAGCUUGGUGCCCUGCUGCGGGAGGGCCGGCGGAGGCUGGCUUUAGCCCGGGCUCAGCGGCCACGGCCACACUUGGACACCAAGAUGCUGGCAGCGUGGAACGGGCUGAUGAUCUCGGGCUUUGCCCAGGCUGGGAUGGCCCUGGCUGAGCAGGAGUACGUGAGCCGGGCUGUGCAGGCAGCUGCCUUCCUGCGGAGACACCUUUUUGACCCCACCAGUGGGAGGUUGCUGCGGAGCUGCUACCGGGGCAAAGACAACACGGUGGAGCAGAGCGCCGUGCCCAUCCAGGGCUUCCUGGAGGAUUAUGUCUUCGUCAUCCAGGCUCUCUUUGACCUGUACGAAGCCUCGCUGGAGCAGGGCUGGCUGGAGUGGGCCCUGCAGCUCCAGCACAUGCAAGACAAGCUCUUCUGGGACCCCAAAGGCUUUGCGUAUUUCUCCAGUGAGGCUGGUGAUCCCUCUCUGCUCCUGCGCCUGAAGGAUGACCAAGACGGAGCAGAGCCCACUGCCAACUCUGUCACUGUCACAAAUCUGCUCCGAGCAGCUUGUUACUCUGGCCACGCGGAAUGGGUGGAAAAAGCUGGGCAGAUCUUGGCUGCCUUCUCAGAGAGGCUGCAGAAGAUCCCGAUAACCCUGCCAGAGAUGGCCCGGGCCACUGCUGUCUUCCAUCACACCCUCAAACAGGUCGUUAUCUGCGGGGACCCCCAAGGAGAAGACACAAAAGAGAUGCUGCGCUGCGUCCACUCCAUCUUCAGCCCAAAUAAGGUGCUGAUGCUAGCAGACGGAGACCGCGCUGGGUUCCUCCACUGCCAGUUGCCUUUCCUUGCAUCCCUGGAGAGGAAGGACGGGAAAGCCACCGCCUAUGUCUGCAGCAACUUCGCCUGCUCCCUGCCUGUCCCCCCGCCCCCGGCCCGGUAG